GAUCUUGUGCUCCGAGAAGCCUCUGGGGCUCUGAUUGCGAGCUCUGCUCUAUGGCUACCGUGCAGCUCGAGGAAGAUGCCCGCAUGGCACCCUUUCAAAAUUGCGCCCUGUACCCAGAUCCGCGUGAGCCUCCCCUCAGACCCGUGGAAUGAGGAUCCUUGGCUCCGCUACCAUGCGGAUCUUUGAGCAAUCAAGCGGUCUUCGGCGUACACUUCUGAAUUUGUGCUAUGUCGUUUGACAUGUACUGCACCGACACGUUUGUAUGAUCAGGGUGUGACUGCUUCCAUUUGUGUCACGCAAAAAACUUGUAGCGCAAGUUCAAUUCAACUCAUGUUGUCAAAAAUGGUGUAGCUCUAAGGAAAUCGUUUCAAAAGCAGUGCCUGCUUGCCCUCCCAGAAGAACUCCUCUCAAAUGUUUCAAUUCCAUGCAAAAUGACAGGGUGUUAGUAAAGACAACUGCGCCCAAAUGUAACCAAAUGUAACCAGUUGUAUGCUUCUAAAUCGUGUGUGAAUGCGCCCACAAGCAGGAAUGUACUUUGCUCAGAAGCAGGUAUGCAACUUGCUAGCCCAUUUAUUCAAUGUGUCCAAUUGAGGUCUUCCUCGGUUUAGCAGGAGGACAAACAGCGCCAGCGGGUUUCCCAAAUUAGUUUUUGUUUUGCACGGUGCUUGUUCCCAAGAGAUUCUUGCUCGCUUGCCGACCUGUCCAUUUCUCCAGUGAACAGUGUCCACGUGUUUGCUCCACAAAACAGUCAUAUAGUUCGAAUUCAACGCAAGGCUAGCGAACUCUGAGGCUUCUGGAGUGGGAGAAGCGUCUAGGAACAAGCCAUGGGCGGCGCACUGAUGUGCAUCAUACAUGCGCUGGUGGCUGUAGCAACAGGCGAAAGUGUCAAAGUACCGACAAACAUGUUGCUGAUAGGCGGCUUUGGCAAGUGUGGCACAUCACAUUUCCACAGAGUCCUGGCCGCUCAUCGGAAAGUCUUCUCGCCUUGCGGAAAGAGUUUCAACCACUGCCCGGACAACGCGAUAUGUUUGAAGAGGUGAUAUUCUUCUAUGCACGAGAACUUGCAAGCGUUGAUGUUACCAGCCCGGCGCAAAUUCGAGAUGCCUGUCGCAAGAAUUUCAACGACAAGGAAUCCAAACAAGAAUGUUUGCGUGCUCUAGCAGGUGGGUUGCCUGCAAAGGUAAUUGCUCCAAAGAUAUUGCUGCUCACACACCUGACAUUUCACCAGGACCGUGUUCUGAUGGAACGAUGGGGUGCGACAGUAAAAGCCAUCUACCUUGUGCGAGACCCUGCAGAGUAUUUGCGGGCAGCUUUCAACUCUUGGAGAAUUGACUUGGACGCAAAUUCAGAACAGAAAACGAGUGUUGGCAACUUCUACCGGAGCCCCGAACUUUCUCACGAGUUGCUUCUGGCAGAUGGCCUUCUUAAAUGGAAGAUGGGGUUGAACGUCCAAACGGGUGAGUGGUUCUUUCUUAUACAAAUACAGGAUAUUCCGCGUCUGUGAAAGGAAUGCUGACAGUGAGUGAACAAACAAGGUCCAGAGUGGAGUCUAUGAGCUUUCUGGUUACCGGCCAGUGCUUUGCGAGACCCGGAUCUUCAUUUACCAGAGCUACAAUGCAGUUUGCCAGGUUUUGGCUGCGAGCAGUUUGCCAAGAACUAUCAUUCAAUGUACUCAAACAUGUGUUUUAUCAAGGCCGGACUCACUCAACGGGUUUCGAUACAACAUCACCUACACCGCUUGCCUGUCAACCACUGGCAGGGAAGCAUGCGCAGAAGACGGACAUCGCGAAAAGAAGUUCAUCAUCCCGAUCUUCAAUAGGUGUGACGUGGAUUUGACAAUGAAGCUUUGCACGGUGCUUUUGAUCCUAGCAUUGGCAAAGUCAGGACAUGUUUGCUUGUUUUGUUGGGUUCCUAAACAAACAGACGUGUGAUCGAACCUGUAAUAACGGGGUUUAGACAACUCCAUUCAAGAGGUGAGUUUUUGUGAGAAAAAGACCGUUUCUCUUAGUUUUGCACAACUCCCUGCGCGCCGAGAGAGAGAGAGAGAGAGAGAAGCUGCGGAUGAUCCGGAUGAGAAAGAAGCCACAGAAAUGUCGGUUGCAGAAAACUAUUCUUGCACCCCUUAUAAUACAAGUGGCGCAACGUUGUCGCGCCGUCGAAAAUUUCAAGGGCGAAGUUCAUGCGCGUAUUUGUUUCCAUAUCAACAUAACCACUGAGCCAAGUACGUUGCCAUUUUGGUUCUUUUCGCCAAGGCGU